AGUAGAUGAAAACUAAAAAAUUCAAUAGAAUACCAAAUUAAUUUAUCAAUAAUUUUAUAAAGGAUGGUUGAGAAUGUUGAGAUGAUUUUGAUUUAUUUUUCGUGAAUGAAAAAGAACAACAUUAAAUAAACCUAACCUCACUCACUCCAAACUUCACUUUAGGCACUUUUCAAAAGUCCACCGAAAAAUUCCGGUAGAGGUAAAAGUCAGUUCCGUCGAUGGAUCUGGAACGCUUUCUUGGAACGCUCUCAACUUCGCGAGUCGGGAUCAGUAAAUCAGAAUCAGAAAUAAGUUAUAUUUUAGGAGUACUGAAAUUUAUUUGUUAACCGUUGGUCCAAGGUCCCUGGAGUUAAUAGGUUGUCUGUUAGGCAAUCGUGCAGGCCCAGAAUUUCAUGGCGAGGGAGUUAGGGGAGUAGCACCCGAACGACUCGAAUAUUCUGGUUCGGAGGGCUUUACAAUCGAAACUCGAAAGCGCUUCAAGCGAUGAGUGUCAAAUGAAAUUCAAUAUGGCGGUAAUUGGCAGACAGGAAAGGUAAACAUAAACAUUGCAGCUUGCCCUGUGCCUGCUUUGUAAACUUGUUAAGUUUUUUUUUUUAAGUGAAAAGUGUUAUCUUAACUCAAAAUUAUGCCUAUGUCAUGCCUCGUAUUUGGUUGCACCAGUCGCGCAAAUCGUGAUGUGGUGUCCUUUCAUUCCAUCCCCACAGAACUUAGUUUCAGGUUCUUAACGCAUAAAAACGAUUUGUCUAGAAAACGCAGAGCUGCAUGGAUCGCAGCUCUGAGGCGGAACGAUCUGACUAUGUCUAAAAUAGCAAACUACAAAACUAACGGUCGAAUUUGCAGUAGACAUUUUAUAACUGGAAAACCUUCUCCCUUGGAAAAUGAAGAUGAUCCUGACUGGAUACCAUCUCUAUAUAUGGGGUACGAUGGGGACGUGUUUCCCUCGGAGUUUCCAAGAUACAAAAAACGAAGACAAGCUGAAGUUGUUGAUGUUGAUCCCGUAGCUCUAGACACAAAACCCCUAGAGAUUCCGAUAAUUAAGACAGAAAACAUUGGAAAGGAGAUUAGUCACGAGAUGGAUAUGGAUGGAUAUGAAGUGCCUCAAAAAUCUCAGGAUGACGGUGAAAUUGAGACUCGUGAAGACUUUUGCAAAAUGGAGGACGAUUUGUUACUCAAAGAAGAUGAAUUCUACAAAGAAAACGAAAAACUGGAACUUCGGACCAAACAAUUAUUGGUCAAAGUAAACGACGUAAUGAAAAUUCAAGACAAUUUAAUAAAAGACACAUACAAAACUCGUACAGAACUGAACGAAGUUAUAAAAGGAAACAAAUAUCCAAAAAAAACCAUCCCAGAGGAAACACUACGAUUAUUAGAUGAAGCCAAAAACGAUGAAAGACUAGGCAGUGCCAAUACUGACAGAAUAUUACGAGUUUUUAAAGGAAAAUUUAUAGCCGCUGAAGCUGACAAAGAAAAGUUGCAGAAUGAAUUGAGACAAAAAAAUGAAGAAGCCAAGAAGCUGCAAAAGGAAAACCAAAUGCUUAAGGAAGAGAAAGAAAAAUGGUUUUUAUCGUACAAUUCUGGCAAAAAUACCAUCGGAAAAUUAGAAAGUCAAAUUACCAAUAUAAGUGCCAAACUCCAAUCCAAAGAAACAGAAAAUGCUUGUUUGAAAAAAGAACUCGAGCACCUAAAAAAACAGCUGAAAAAUGGCAACUUGAACUUCAACAAUUGCGAAGUUAGAUUGACUCGAGCUUGCGAGGAAAACGAAAAACUUAAAGGUUCAUUGAAACAGGCAAAGGAAGAAGAAAAAGAUCUUAAGGAUGGAUAUAGAAAACAAUUAAACGAACUUACGAGUGUUGUCAAACAUUUGGAGAAACAAAAGAUUGAGCUUUUAAAUGGCUUCAAGAAACAGACACAACUUAUAGAUGUCUUGAAGAAACAGAAAAUUCACGUAGAAGCAUUAAAACUUGGUGAAAUGACGGAAGCAGAAUAUUUGAAAAUUUUGGAUUGGAAUUUUGAUAAAUAAUAAUAAGCCUUGUGUAUUAUAAUUUAGUUUUAUAUUGUUUUUUGUAUAUAAUUGUUAUAAUAAAUUCAAAUUUCUAUUUAA